CUGUGUGUUAUAACUGGGCUGGGUUUUUGGAAGACAAGCUCUGAGAUGUUGACCUCUGACCCUCCUCACGGUAUCCCGGGGACCAAAGGUGAGGCGGGAUGGAAAGCAGAGAUGAGACUAAGAGGGGAUUCGGGCACCCCGGGUGUCGACAACACCAGACCAGGACCCAAAGGAGACCCCGGCAGCCCAGGGACACCAGGUGAUCCUGGUCCAGACGGGUACGGGGGUGACGGUGGACUCGAUGGAAACCUGGGUCGUAAUGGAAGAAGAGGUCCCAGUGGUGAGAAGGGGUCACCUGGUGAGAGAGGAACCCGAGGACCUCCCGGUAUCCCAGGUGCUGCUGGGCCACAGGGAGACGGGGGGAACAGCGGCCAACCUGGACCCAAAGGAAUGCCUGGUUUUCCAGGAUCUCAGAGCUGCCGCCUUUUGGGUCCUCUCUACAAACUCCACACGCCUGCCACACCGGGCGUGACACCUGCAGGGUAAACAUGGAUCAGUUGGAGAACCAGGGCCAGCUGGAGGUCGUGGACGUAUUGGACAGAAGGGCCAACCAGGAGAUCCAGGUGUGAAGGGUAAUUCUGGAUCACAGGGACCCAGAGGAAUGCCGGUCAGUUCUUCUCACACUCAACACUCCUUCUGUCAUACUUGGGGCUUGGUACUCAUCUCAGGUGGGGUGAUGAUGUCUUCCUCCUGACCUGCUGGGGUUACCUGCGUAAGAGCUUUCCAACAGCGCCCUGUUCUCAUCUCCUGCCCACGGUCUAAAUGGCAGAGAUGGAUUUGGACUUCAAGGAACUAAAGGCACUAAGUCUGUGUCUAAAAACCUAAAGAGAACUAUGGAUUUGAUCAACUGGUCUCUGAAUGCUAUUGACACCCUCUUCUCAACGAGAAGUCU